GAUGACUCACUUGUAGUGUGGAAGGAAGUGGACCUGACCCGGCUGUCAGAAAAGGAACGUCGUGAUGCUUUGAAUGAAAUCGUUAUCCUUGCCCUGUUGCAGCAUGAGAACAUCAUUGCGUACUAUAAUCACUUCAUGGAUAACACCACGCUGCUGAUUGAGCUGGAGUACUGUAAUGGAGGGAACCUCUACGAUAAGAUUCUGCGGCAGAAAGACAAGUUAUUUGAAGAAGAGAUGGUGGUUUGGUAUCUCUUUCAAAUUGCAUCAGCUGUGAGCUGCAUUCAUCGAGCAGGAAUUCUUCACAGAGAUAUAAAGACAUUAAAUAUCUUUCUAACCAAGGCAAACCUGAUUAAAUUGGGAGACUAUGGAUUGGCAAAGAAGCUGAACUCUGAGUACUCCAUGGCUGAGACUCUGGUGGGAACUCCAUAUUACAUGUCGCCAGAACUCUGCCAGGGUGUGAAAUACAACUUCAAAUCAGAUAUUUGGGCUGUGGGCUGUGUCGUCUUUGAGCUGCUUACUCUGAAGAGGACCUUUGAUGCUACUAAUCCCCUGAACCUUUGUGUGAAGAUUGUACAGGGAAAUCGCGCCAUGGAGGUUGAUUCCACUGUCUAUUCGCGAGAGCUGAUCCAGAUGGUGAAUUCCUGCCUUGAUCAGGAUCCAGAGAAGAGACCCACUGCAGAUGAGUUGCUUGAACAUCCCCUUCUCAGCAAACGCAGGAGGGAGAUGGAAGAGAAAGUCACACUGCUUAAUGGGCCAAAUAAGCGACCAAGGUCAAGUACCAUGAAUGAGGCUCCUAUUGCAGUGGUGACUUCGCGCACUAGUGAGGUGUAUGUUUGGGGGGGUGGGAAAUCCACCCCCCAGAAGCUGGAUGCCAUCAAAAGUGGCUGCAGUGCACGCCAGGUGUGUGCUGGUAACACUCACUUUGCUGUGGUGACAGUGGAGAAGGAGCUCUACACCUGGGUGAAUAUGCAGGGGGGCACCAAGUUGCACGGGCAACUGGGACAUGGAGACAGAGCCUCCUACCGGCAGCCAAAGCAUGUUGAGAAGCUUCAGGGAAAAGCCAUUCGCCAGGUGUCCUGUGGAGAUGAUUUCACAGUGUGCAUCACAGAUGAAGGCCAGGUGUAUGCCUUUGGCUCAGACUAUUAUGGAUGCAUUGGCGUUGACAAGGCUUAUGGCUCUGAAGUGCUUGAGCCGCUGCAGCUGGAUUUCUUUCUUACCAACCCUGUGGAGCAGGUCUCAUGUGGAGAUAACCACGUGGCAGUGCUGACCAGGAACAGAGAAGUUUACACAUGGGGCUGUGGAGAGUACGGGCGCUUGGGCUUGGAUUCAGAAGAAGAUCACUACACCCCUCAGAAGGUGGAUGUUCCGAAGACCUUAAACAUUGUGUCCGUUCACUGUGGCUGUGAUGGGACUUUCCUGCUCACCCAGACAGGCAAAGUGUUGGCAUGUGGACUCAACGAGUUCAACAAGCUGGGCCUGAACCAGUGCACCUCAGGGAUAAUCAACCAUGACACGUACUGUGAGGUGCCAUAUGCCACUUCCCUUACUUUGGCCAAGCAGCUGUCCUUUUACAAGAUCCGCACCAUUUCUCCAGGGAAGACACACACAGCUUCCAUUGAUGAGCGAGGCCGCCUGCUGACCUUCGGCUCCAACAAGUGCGGACAGCUUGGUGUUGGGGACUAUAAGAAGCACCUGGGAAUUAACCUGCUGGGAGGCCCCUUGGGGGGUAAGCAGGUGAUCAGGGUUUCAUGUGGAGAUGAAUUCACCAUAGCUGCUACUGACGACAACCAUAUCUUUGCCUGGGGUAAUGGCGGGAAUGGGCGUCUGGCAAUGACAUCGACUGAGAGAGCUCAUGGCUCGGAUAUUUGUACCUCAUGGCCUCGGCCAAUAUUUGGAUCGUUGCAUCACGUUCCAGACCUGUCAUGCCGUGGCUGGCACACAAUCAUCAUUGUUGAAAAGGUGUUGAACUCUAAAACAAUCCGAUCCAACAGCAGUGGCCUGUCCAUUGGUACUGUGGCUCAGAGCUGCACAACUGGAGGAGGAGAGGAAGAGGAUAAUGAACAGGAAGCGGAGACCCCCAAUCCCAGUGGAGGCUUUCGGGGAACCAUGGAAGCAGAUCGUGAGUUGGGGGGCUGGAUCAGCACCACAGAAGCUAAGGGAGGCAACAGUGCUGACAGCAGCUCCUGCCCUGGCUGGCUGCGGAAGGAGCUGGAGAAUGCUGAAUUCAUCCCCAUGCCUGACAGCCCCUUUCCUCUGAGCAUGGCAUCUUCAGAGCCCGAGAAGGAGACUCUCCCUUACCAGAAACUUCAAGGACUCAAAGUGGCCUCUGAGGAACCUGUUGAAUCAAACAAGCCCAAAACAGAGCCCUGGCCCACUUGCCUGAGUCCAACCUUGCCGUGCGGUGAAGGGAAGGUCGAGUCUCCUGUUGCAGGCUGCAUGUGCAGUGCUCUGCAGGUGGAGGUGAUGCACCUCCGAGGCCUGGUUUUACAGUGUCUGGAUGAUCAGAAGAAGCUGCAGCAGGAAACUGUUCGUCUGAGUGCCCAAGUCCAGCAGUUCUGCAGGGGGACGGAGGGAAUGCAGCAGGUGGAGGUUCAUUCCAAAGGAACACAGACGGCCAAAGAGGAGGUGGAAGUAGAUCCGAAACCUGACUUGGAUUCAGAUUCCUGGUGUCUCCUGGGAACAGACUCAUGCCGCUCCAGCCUCUAGUCUCCUGAGCCCACUGGGAUCCAUCUAACUUCACAGCACACUAACCGAAUGCAGAGAGCGGCUUUCCUGGCUUCAGGUCACUCGCAGACAAGGAGCGAGGCCGGAGGCUCCAGAGCAGCACCCAUGUACGUUUGAUAUGAACUAGGAGUGAGUUUGAGAGGGGAAGGGCCCCUGAGCUCUAGGCCAGCUCAGCGAUUGAAGCAGCAGCAGCUCCUCUUUGUACCUUAUCCGUCAAUUCUGCACAUGAGGCAGAACGGCCCCAUUAUGGCGAUGGCUCCAGUAAUGGCUUGUGGCCCUUUCAUUGUUUCACUGCUUCUUGGGAGCUGCCUUUGGGACCCCAGUAUUCAUCACUGCAUCUCUUGGUGAGAGGAGGAGACAUGCUUUGUACUGAAGCUGGCUGAACCCUAAGACUCGCCACCUUCACUUCGGAGGGGUGAAGGACUAGGAUCCUCUCCCU